AUGUUUGACGAUCAAGACUUGGGCUUCUUUGCCAAUUUCCUGGGCAUCUUCAUAUUUGUCCUGGUUAUUGCAUACCACUUUGUGAUGGCAGAUCCAAAGUACGAGGGAAACUGAUGCCGUUCUGUUGGGCAAGUAGAUACUUAUGAUCUGCAUAUCGAAAUAGAGCAGUACUGUUAAUGCUAGCGAGAUCACUUGACAUUUCUUGAGUGCACAUCGUGGAAGCUGGACGUUCAGUUUCUGGCAUUUUGGCGUUACCAAUGUGUUAAAUCUGCUGAACUAGUAAAUCCUUUAUAAUUCUAAAGAUUAUUCGAGUACUGCAGUUGGUUUGUUGUU